AUGCCCCGCUUCCUCAAGGGAAUGGCCUUCGUCCCCUUCCUGCUGGUGACCUGGUCCUCCGCCGCCUUCAUCAUCUCCUACGUGGUCGCUGUGCUCUCUGGGCACGUCAACCCCUUCCUCCCCUACAUCAGUGAUACAGGGACAACACCUCCAGAGAGUGGUAUUUUUGGAUUCAUGAUAAACUUCUCUGCGUUUCUUGGUGCAGCCACAAUGUACACAAGAUACAAAAUAGUGGAAAAGCAGAAUCAGACCAGCUACUUCAGCACUCCUGUUUUUAACUUGGUGUCCUUAGUUCUGGGACUGGUGGGAUGUAUCGGAAUGGGCAUUGUUGCCAAUUUUCAGGAGUUAGCGGUCCCCGUCGUCCAUGAUGGCGGUGCCCUUCUGGCCUUUGUCUGCGGGGUGGUGUACACACUCCUGCAGUCCAUCAUCUCCUACAAGUCAUGUCCCCAGUGGAACACUCUCUCCACCUGCCGUGUGCGGAUGGCCAUCUCUUUCAUUUCCUGCGCAGCUGUCAUCCCCAUGAUUACCUGUGCUUCACUGAUUUCCAUAACCAAGCUGGAGUGGAAUCCACAAGAAAAGGAUUAUGCAUAUCACGUGGUGAGUGCUAUCUGUGAAUGGACAGUGGCCUUCGGUUUUAUUUUUUACUUCCUAACAUUCAUCCAUGAUUUUCAGAGUGUCACCCUGAGGAUAUCCACAGAACUUAAUAAUGAUAUCUGA